UCUUUUCUUUGUCGAAGUUCAGGGGUCACAUGGGCGGAAGCACGUGACAACAGGAAGCAACCCCACAUGGGCAGAAAUGAACAGCUGCAAGUAGAAGAUAUAAACAUUGUUUUCCAUGUCUGUUUGGUUUGACACAAGUCCUUAGUUUUCUUUAUUUGGCUUUAAACAACAUGGAGGACAUGAACGUUAUCAAACUGCCGGCGACGGAGAAGCAAGCAUCGACCAAGAAAAGAGCUCGAUCUACGACGUUUGACCCAGAAAAAGAAGAACGAACACGGAAGAAACACGUGCAGAGUCUGGCGGUGCUGGGGGAGGAGGACGGCUCGGUGAAGCUGCUGGAGGAGCUGGUGUUCGGGGCGGAGGAAGAGCUGGUGGACAGACUGGUGGAGGAGGAUGAGGAGCGGCCUGGAGCCCUGUUGGUGGAGGACAAAGAUGAAGAGUCGGAGGAUGAGAGCGAGACUCUUCUGCAGCGCCACCAGACCAGAGGAGCCGCCUGGGUGGAUGAAGAUGACGAACUGGAGGAGGAGGUCGACAUGAAGCAUCGGUACCGCAGAGACCUGAUGCGAGGAGAGGCCGAGUCCACCUUGUCUGUACAGAAGCUGCAGCAGAGGAUGAGGGAGCAGUUUCAGAAGUCGAUGGGAGGAACUCCGUCGUGGGCACAGAGCAGCAGCAAGAAGAAGACGGCUGAUGAAGAUGAGGAAGAGGAUGAAGACGAGGAAGAUGACAUGCUGAGGAGGACAGGGAACUUUGUGGCGUCGUCAGACUGUCUGCCCAGCGGCCUCCUGAGGAUGAAGAAGUGUCUCCAUGCCAACAGUGCUCGUCCCUCAGAGGACAGGCUGACCACCGUCCAGUUCCACCCAUCCGCUCAGGUCGUCAUGACAGCCGGCCUUGACCGGUCAAUCUCCCUCUUUCAGGUGGACGGAAAGACGAACCCGAAGAUCCAGAGCAUCCACCUGGAGCGAUUCCCCAUCCACAAAGCUCAGUUCAGCACGGACGGAGAGACUGUGAUCGCCACCAGCCUGAAGAACAAGAUGUUCUACUUGUACGACAUGAUGGAGGGUCGGGUGACGCCCGUCCACACCGUCAGAGGUCUGAAUGAAGCCCGAGUGAAGGAGUUCUCUGUGUGUCCUGAAGGUGGCGCCCUGCUGCUCACUGGAACCAGCGGGUACCUGCACCUGCUCACACUCAAGACUAAGGAGGUGGUUCACAGUAUGAAGAUCAACGGUGACGUCAGCGGAGUCGCUUUCUCUAACGAUGGCAGCAAAGUCUUCGCCAGCUCAGAGGAGGGAGAGGUGUACGUGUGGGAUAUGCGCAGCAGCCGGUGCGUUAACAGGUUUACUGAUGAUGGCUGCGUGAAGGGAACAUCCAUCGCCACGUCGUGUAACGGACAGUACCUCGCCUGCGGCUCUCAGUCGGGCGUGGUCAACGUCUACUCUCAGGAGGCGUGUCUAAAUUCAGCCAGUCCAAAGCCUCUGAAGGCAGUGAUGAACCUGCUGACCUCAGCGACCUCUCUGGCCUUUAACCCUACCUCUGAGAUCCUGGCCAUCGCCUCACGAGCCGAGGACGAGGCCAUACGACUGGUCCACCUGCCCAGCCUCACCGUUUUCUCCAACUUCCCGGUCUCAAACAGAAAGGUCGUUUAUCGAGCCAGCUGCCUAGACUUCUCUCCGCACAGCGGCUUCUUCUCAUUGGCUAACAACAAAGGACACGCCCCCUUGUUCAGGCUGCUGCAUUACAAGGACUUCUGAAGAGGCUGCAGGACCCACAAACCUUACGUAGAUCAUGUUUGACCAUUGGAAAGGACAACGCCGCUGUUGGUUUUUCACGUUUUAACUGCCUGUUCACUGUAAAUGCUGUGGUGUUUACCCACAGUCAUUGUCGGUCCUCCUGAGUUUUCAGGCAGCUGUGGUUUAACUUCUUUUCAGUUUUUGCCGUUCUGACUCGCAGGUCAGUUACGAGCACAGAGUGUUUGAAAGUCCCAGCAUCAGGCCUUGCGCUCACCAGAUUUACUGUCAGAGCAUCAAAUAAAGAACUGUGGAUGUUUUGAGAAAAGAAACUUGAAUGUGUUGUGUUAAAGAAGCCGACAUCUUCAGUGUUAAACAUUUGGUUUGAUGUCUUUUACACUCUGCUCAAAACUGCAUGUCAACAGAAGUUCAGACGGUGGCUGCUGACUAAGAUGGUCUCAGUGGGUUGUUUUCACUGAAGCCAACAGGAAGGAAGUGACGCUGGAGGCUGGGGGGUGAUGUGGACAACGAUCAGUGGAAACGCGAGCUAAAAUGUGAAAAGUCCCUGUGGAGUUUGGUGGUACAGAGUUCUACUGGCUUCUGCCAAAACCUGCAGAGAAACCAGUUUGUCUCCAUAUGCAUGUUUUUUUAUUAUAAUGACAGUGACUGUAUAAAAUAAGCUGAAGAAAAUGUCCAUUUUUUUGUCUUGACUCACAAACACAACUUAAAAAGC